AUGACCACAAGAAACUGCCGCCUGCUCCUCAGUAAAUGCGCGACCCUAAAGGAACUCCAACAAAUCCAUGGCCGAUCCGUCGUCGAAGGCCUCCACCCCCACCGCCAAUUUAUCUCCUGCCAGAUCCUCAACGCCUACGCCCGAUUUGGCCAUGCCAAUGAUGCCCGUAGCCUCUUCCGCGAGAUCCCCAUCCCCGACAUCGUCUCCACCACUAGCCUCAUGUCGCUCUGCGUUCGAUCCGAUGACCACCUCGGAGCCGUCUCCUUGUUCUCUGGAAUAUUGUGCUCUGGUGGGCCGCCGGAUGGCUUCGCCGUUGUUAGCGCCCUCUCCGCUUCAGGCCGGAUGGGCGAUGUCAGAAUCGGUAGGACGGUUCAUGCUAUGGUCUAUCGAUGGGGGUUGGGCGGCGAGACGGUCGUUGGCAAUGCGUUGAUAGAUAUGUACUGUAGAAACGGAAGGAUUGAGUUGGCUCGUAAGGUUUUCAGUGAAAUGGUUGUGAGAGAUUCUGUAACGUGGAGCAGCAUGCUUCAUGGGAAUAUGAAACACAUUGGAUUGGAAUCAGCAUGCCAGUUAUUUGAUGAAAUGCCGAUGAAGGACACGAGUUGCUGGACAGUGAUGAUCACUGGUCAUGUGCAAGCAAAGCAUCCGGUCCGGGCGCUACAGCUGUUCCUUCGGAUGAAAUCAGAGGGGCACAUUCCCACUCCAAUCACGCUGGUGGGAGUUCUCUCGGCUUGUGCCGAUAUUGGAGCACUAGACCUUGGACGCACGGUACAUGCAUAUAUCAACAAGAUAAAUGUUGAUGCUGAUGUUCCUGUCUAUAAUGCAGUGGUAGAUAUGUACUCGAAGAGUGGGAAUGUUGGAAUGGCCUACCAAAUUUUUGAUGAGAUGAUCUACAAGGACGUUUUCACAUGGACCACAAUGAUUUCUGGUUUAGCAGCUCAUGGAGAUGGAUAUGGAGCCAUGAAAGUGUUCUCCAAGAUGUUAGAUUCUGGAGUUCUCCCAAAUGAAGUCACAUUUGUAGGUGUUUUGUCAGCAUGCAGCCAUUCUGGGAUGAUACAUGAAGGUAGAAAAUGGUUUGGCAGAAUGAAGUCAAUCUUCAAUUUAUCUCCUCAGCUAGAGCACUAUGGAUGCAUGAUUGAUUUGUUAGGGCGAGCUGGAUUGCUAAGCGAAGCAAAGUCGCUCAUCGAAAAGAUGGACACAGAACCAGAUGCCAUCAUUUGGCGAUCUCUGCUUAGUGCAUGCCUAGCUCACAGUGAUGCUCAUUUAGCUGAGGUUGCAGGGAAGGAGAUAAUUAGAAAAGAACCAGAGGAUGAUGGCGUCUAUGUGCUGCUGUGGAACAUGUAUGCCUCAUCGAACAGAUGGGAAGAAGCCUUGGAGAUGAGAAAGAAGAUGUGGAACAGGAAGGUGGUCAAGCAACCUGGAUGUAGCUGGAUUGAGGUGGAUGGAUUUGUCCAUGGAUUUCUAGUAGAAGACAGGACACAUCACCUUCGAAGUGACAUAUAUGUUCUCUUGGAAGGGAUGGCCAAGCAACUCAAGAUGGAUAGCAAUAUCUCCAUAUUCGAUGAAAGUGACCCAGGUGAUUUUUUUCUGGACCCAGAGCUAUUCAUUUAG